AGACAGUAAAAGAAAUGGACACAGCGACCCCAUUGGAACUCAAUUGAGACAAGUGAAGCCCAUUUUUAGCAUUUUUUAGCACUUCCGUUUCUGACGCGCAGACUCAAACGAAGCUUGACGACGUCAGCAACCUGUCUGACAGAUGUAAAUCUUCUAGUAGCUGUGCGUGCAAACUGCCAUCGUUAAUCUUGCAGAGACGGCGAGCUUGAGCGGGGAGUUCUUUGGCGUGAGUGAGCAGGAGUAAGUAUUCUGAUUAAUUAUUUUGAAUAGUAUUUUAAAAUGUAACGCCAGUACGCCAUAUUAAGUUAAUUGCCUGCGAGCUUCUCCUCCUGUCUGUACGGUAAUGCGACAGAGAGACGAGUGGUUAUGAUGCAAUCGUUAGCCUAUUUUUACAAAAACUGUUUGUACGGGGCCAUAAUGUAACAUAGAAGGUAAUGGAGCCCUUUAUACAUUGUCGUGUAUCUUUAGAAAUAAAUAAUAGACAAACGGAGUCUUUAAACGCCUCAGAUGUAAAGUUAUUCACUGUCAAAGUGACGCCAAAAUGAAUGGGAGUCAAUGGGAAUGCUAACGCAAGUGAAGUUCUGCUACAAGAUGGCAGCCCCCACCCGACUUCAACUUCCGGUCGACUUCCUUGCCGCCUGGAUUGCGCCUGUGAUCGUAUACUUCCGGGUGUCGCGCCAGCGGAGCAGCUGCCAUUGAAUGAACGGGCGCGUUCCCGUGAGCGGAGGAGCAGCGUCGUGACGUUUGCAGGUGUAGAAAAGGAAGUUUCUGUAAAGAUGGAGUUUAUUAAAGAGGAGAGUGAAGAAGUGAGUAAUGCAGAAACAGAACGAGAGAAAGAGGAAGAAACUGAGGAACAGAGAGAUCUGCUGGAAGUGAAGGUGGAAAGUGAAGAAGUGAAUGAAGAUCAUCAGAAGAUCAUAACGGGAGAACAAUCACAGACUGAAGAUGACUUCUCCCAGAAGAGAACAGGAGCUAAGAAAUCUCCGUUCAGCUGCUCUCAGUGCGGGAAGUGUUUCACGCUCAAAGUCAACCUCAACAGCCACAUCAGAAUCCACAGCGGAGAGAGAAACUUCAGCUGUCUGCAGUGCGGCAGCAGCUUCUUCAAGAACGCAGACCUGAAGAGACACUUACAGACCCACAGCGGAGAGAAGCCCUUCAGCUGCCCGCACUGCUCCAAGAGCUUCACACGCAAGGAGAGCCUGGAGAACCACAUCCGGAUCCACACCGGAGAGAAGCCCUUCACCUGCCUCCUGUGUGACAAGAGCUUCAUCCGCAAGGGACACUUCAAGAACCACAUGAGGAUUCACUCUGGAGAGAGACCGUUCACGUGUCACGAGUGUGGAAAGAGCUUCACACAGGCUACGAUCCUCAGAAACCACCAGCACUCACACUCUGGAGAACGACCCUUCGGCUGCGAUCGCUGCGCAAAGAGCUUCAUCUCAGCAAAGCACCUGAAGAUACACCAGAAAAUACACCAGAAGCUCUUCCUGUGCUCCUUCUGUGGAAAGAUGUUUUCACAGCUGGGUUACCUGAAGGAGCACCAGAAGAUCCACACCGGAGAGAAAGCUCACGUGUGCUCGGUGUGUGGGAACAGCUUCUCCAGAGCCAAAUAUCUGAAGGAACACCAGAAAAUCCAUACAGGAGAGAAACCCUACAAGUGCUUGCACUGCGACAAGAGUUUCAGUCAGUCAGGUAACCUGAAGAUACAUGAGAGAGUUCACACCGGAGAGAAACCGCACCGCUGCCGGCCGUGUGGACGUAGCUUCAUCACCUCCAGCGCUCUCCUGUCGCACAGGACAAACUGCGUCCAGAAGUUACCAAAGUGAGCAGGAGUCAACAGAGAAACUCAAAUUUUCUUUUGCAAAGUCAUUUUCUUGAACAGCUCUUUCUAUAUUACGUUAACUGUGUGCAGUAGCAUUCAUCAGACGUAUUUGGAGUAUUAUUUCUCCAUGCACAUCCUUAACAAAUUCAUUAUAUCAGUCAGAGUUUGUGUGUGGUGGUGAAUUGAGAAGAAGAGCAGUGAGAACAUGAAGAGAUGAGAGAGUGCUGGAAACCUGUCAACUACAGCAUUGAUGAAAAUGUGAAAUACUGUGUACAAACUGUGUACAUUGGCCACAUGUUAAUUAAAGUAUAUUCAUAUUAUUUAUUUAUAACUUUAACUAAGACCACUGUAUUGUGCUUGGAUUGUACAUUAUGAAAUUUCAAUAAAUGAGAGCAAAACAUUGUACACAGCUGCUCUUUUUGUCUCAGAGGACAGAUAUUCUUGAGUUCAGCAGAUGUUCAGUAUUGUUUCAACAUUGUGUCUUAAUUCAGUGGUAAUAAAGCAUUUUUCUUUACAAAAUUCCUCCAGAUCUUUACUUUA